AUGAGCUCGCCGAUCGCCUUCGCCGUCGACGAUAAGGACCUAGACGACGCCGCUUUAUGGGCGGUAAUCGACUCAGCCGCUGCAGCCGCCGCCUCCUCCGCCGUGACCCGGAGACCCCGCACCAAACCGCAGACCCCCAUUCCAUUUCCCCUCAAUUCUCCUCAAAGCUACCGCCGUAGUCACAACCACAGCCCCGACGGCGAGGUAGUGCAGAACAAUCGCCCUCACAAGAUCCCCAGAACGGCCGAGACGCCGCGCGUUCACGCGUCCAGCCCUCCGCAGCUUGCGAUGGUGAAGCAGGUGAGCCGCACGCCGGAGGUUUCUUCGCCGGCGUAUGGGACUGGCUCGAUGGGAAUGAGUAGUUCUGCAGUGACGAGUUUUCAUGGUCCGAUUGGGUCAGCGGCGAGUUACGAGAAGGUGGAGACGAGGCACUGUUUGGCCGGUCAGUUUCCAACUGUUUCGUUGUUCAAGGAUUACCAAAAUGCAGCUAUGGCGAUAUUGGAGAAAAAUGACUACACCAUGAUAUCUGGAAAUCCUUAUAUUAAGAAGUCAGGUUGGAGGAAGAUUUCAUUUUACUUCAAUCUGUCUUAUGAAAUUAAAGACAAGACCAUCGAGUAUGAUGACAACCGCAACGUUCAGCGUGCUGAGUUCAUUGUUCGUGCAUACAUGCAGGGUGGAAGGUUUUCAGAUGGAUGGGGUUCAUGUGAACGAAGGGAGAAGAAGUUUCAAAAACCCAAUCACGAUAUUCCAAGCACAGCUGAAACUCGAGCCAAGAACAGAGCAUGCCAGGACUUGCUAGGAAUCGGAGAGUAUCGUCCUGGUGCAAAGCAUGCUUAUGGCUAA